AUGAGUCUGGCGGGCAAGGCGCCUUUCGGUUGCUCUUUGCUCUGGUCGCAGUUGCCAAAGCCCGGCCUGCUUGAGGCAUCACAGACGUACAGGCCAGGUCGUCGGCCAGAUGCCUCAAGCGUCACUCGUCACCGGCAUUGCCUCACCAGACCCUCGCAGGCCUCAUUAUCCAUACAACUUUACUCUCUUUUUCGCCCAUCCUCCCCAGCUAUGUGCGCCGGCACAUUCACACAUACACGCACACACACACAUGCACAUACACAUACAGUCAAGUUGGUACGGACAGACUCGGCGGCCCCGGGGCUAUGCUGUGGUCCUCAUGUUUCGCAAGUUCGUCUGUCUUCAAUCGGCCGGCAGCAGCACCCAAUGGCCUCAGUCGCCUGA